GCUUCAGAAUCUGCUAGAAGUGGCCCAAGAUGAAUCCCCAGCAGCAGCGCAUGGCCGCUAUAGGGACCGACAAGGAGCUGAGCGAUUUGCUGGACUUCAGUGCGAUGUUUUCUCCACCUGUUAAUAGUGGGAAAACCAGACCAACAACACUGGGGAGCAGUCAAUUCAGUGGAUCAGGUAUAGAUGAACGUGGAGGUACCACAUCUUGGGGAACAAGUGGUCAACCAAGCCCCUCCUAUGAUUCAUCUAGAGGUUUUACAGACAGCCCUCAUUACAGUGAUCACUUGAAUGACAGUCGAUUAGGGGCCCACGAAGGCUUGUCUCCAACACCUUUCAUGAACUCAAAUCUGAUGGGCAAAACAUCUGAGAGAGGCUCAUUUUCCCUGUACAGCAGAGAGACCGGAUUACCAGGCUGUCAGUCUAGUCUCCUAAGACAAGAUCUAGGACUCGGGAGUCCAGCACAGCUGUCUUCUUCAGGAAAACCUGGUACACCGUACUACUUCUCAGCAACAAGCUCCAGGAGAAGACCACUCCAUGACUCUGUAGCCCUAGAUCCUUUGCAAGCAAAGAAAGUUAGAAAGGUGCCUCCCGGUUUGCCUUCUUCUGUAUAUGCACCAUCCCCAAAUUCUGAUGAUUUCAACCGUGAAUCUCCUAGUUAUCCAUCUCCUAAGCCACCAACCAGUAUGUUUGCUAGCACUUUUUUUAUGCAAGAUGGGACCCAUAAUUCUUCUGACCUUUGGAGUUCAUCAAAUGGGAUGAGCCAACCUGGUUUUGGUGGAAUUUUGGGGACCUCCACUUCGCACAUGUCCCAGUCCAGUAGCUAUGGCAGCCUUCAUUCGCAUGACCGCUUGAGUUAUCCUCCACACUCAGUCUCACCAACAGACAUAAACACAAGUCUUCCACCUAUGUCCAGCUUCCAUCGAGGUAGUACCAGCAGCUCACCGUAUGUCGCCGCCUCACAUACUCCUCCCAUUAAUGGAUCAGAUAGCAUUCUAGGAACCAGAGGGAAUGCUGCUGGGAGCUCACAGACAGGUGAUGCACUUGGAAAGGCUCUGGCAUCUAUUUAUUCUCCUGACCAUACCAGCAGUAGUUUUCCAUCAAACCCAUCAACACCAGUGGGAUCGCCUUCACCUCUCACAGGUACCAGUCAGUGGCCCAGACCUGGAGGGCAAGCGCCUUCAUCCCCAAGCUAUGAAAACUCGCUUCACUCCCUGAAAAAUCGAGUUGAGCAGCAACUUCACGAGCAUUUGCAAGAUGCAAUGUCCUUCUUAAAGGAUGUCUGUGAGCAGUCUCGAAUGGAGGAUCGCUUAGACAGACUGGAUGAUGCUAUCCAUGUGUUGCGGAACCAUGCUGUGGGACCUUCUACCAGCCUGCCCACCGGUGACAUACAUGGUUUAUUGGGACCAUCCCACAAUGCACCAAUUGGAAGCCUCAAUUCCAACUAUGGAGGAUCAAGCCUUGUUACAAACAGUCGAUCUGCUUCAAUGGUUGGAACUCAUCGGGAAGAUUCUGUUAAUCUCAAUGGCAAUCACUCAGUCCUGUCUAGUACUGUCUCUGCAUCAAGCACAGACCUGAACCAUAAAACACAAGAAAAUUACAGAGGUGGCUUGCAAAGUCAGUCAGGAACUGUUAUUCCAGCAGAAAUCAAGACUGAAAACAAAGAGAAGGACGAAAACCUUCAUGAACCCCCAUCAUCAGACGACAUGAAAUCAGAUGAUGAGUCCUCCCAAAAAGACAUCAAGGUCUCAUCUAGAGGCAGAACAAGCAGUACUAAUGAAGAUGAGGAUCUGAACCCCGAACAAAAAAUAGAAAGGGAGAAAGAGAGGCGGAUGGCUAACAAUGCUAGAGAGCGCUUACGAGUGCGGGAUAUUAAUGAGGCGUUCAAAGAACUUGGCCGAAUGUGUCAGCUUCAUUUGAAGAGUGAAAAACCCCAAACAAAACUCCUUAUUCUUCAUCAGGCCGUGGCAGUCAUCCUUAGUCUAGAACAGCAAGUCCGAGAGAGGAACCUGAACCCCAAAGCAGCCUGCCUUAAGAGAAGGGAAGAAGAAAAAGUUUCUGCCGUAUCGGCAGAGCCACCAACCACACUGCCAGGAAGCCAUCCUGGGCUUAGUGAAACUACCAACCCUAUGGGUCAUAUGUAAGCAUCAGCCAGUUCCAGAGUUAUCAGUAGGCUAGAUAGAAGGUGACCUCUCCUCAUAAGGACUUGGACAACUCAGAUUAUCUGAAGACACAAACCUGACAGGAGGGAGAAGAAAAAACUUAAACACUUAAAGCAAGAAAUUCCAAUGUAAUCCUACGAUCAAAGCAACUGGUCAACACUUCCAUCAGAAGUGAAGAUAGGAAGCUCAUCACAUAGAGCGUCAGCCCAUGAGAUGUUUGCAACAUAUCAUUUCGUUGCAAGCAGUGCGUCGCUUCUGCACAAUCAGAGACUGUCUCGAUCUCUCCACUCACCGUGGAAGUUGCCUUGUGCCUAAACUGAAUUGACAAAUGCAUUGUAACUACAAAAUUUAUUUAUUGUUAUGGAACUGUAAGGUCUGCAUAUAAAGGGAAAGAGUUAAUGUGGAAGGCUGGUCUACACUCAGCUGAUGCCAGCAUUUGUUAAAGCUGUUCACGUGCAGAGAACAAGCAGUGACAACCAUUGGCCCUUAGCAUUCCCGGCAUACCUGUUAGUGUCUUAAAAAGGAAGGGAAAAGUCUCGCUGCCCUCUCCUAUCCUUUUUGCCAUAUGACUAGUGUUUUCCAUGAAAAUAGGAAAAUGUUACUUGGUAUAGCAUUUCUCUCGCUCUCUUUUCUUUCGUUUAUUUUUAUUUUCUCUUUGUGGGUGUUCUAUUUGAUCUCAGAUCUCUGAUCUGAAUAGUUCAUGGUCACAGUCCAAAUCUCCUCCAUGCAGCACUCUGUGCUUUGCACAUGGACCUCACAAUGGGAAGCAGACACAUCUGUGACCAUAGGCUAGCUAAGAUUUUCAAAGGGGAGAUUUUGUUCCCUACAUUUUCCCCCAAAUAAAUACACAUUGCUUUAUUUCUAAUAAUAACUAAGUCUUUUCAAGCUUCUAGGUUCCCAUAGUAAAGCUUGUAAUAGCAAGAAGUAUAAAUUACAAGGGAAGAGUCUACUUUCUAGAAAUUGCUUUGUUUUCCAAGCAGUAAGUACUACAUAAUAUAGUACUUGUAAAGUGUUAGCUGUAAGUAAGCACAAAAUACCUUCAAAAUACAAGGACGAGUCUUCAGGCCAUGAUUAUGGUGAACAUGACAAAACCCAGAAGGCACCAAGGCAGGUAGUGUGAUACGUGAAUAUACCACUCUGAGGCUAAUUACCUGAUAGAAUACAAGAGCAAUGGCCGCCCA